AUGUAUCUUUGCAUUGUAUGGAUCAUUCUUAACUUUGCAGGUGAUGCUAGAGGAGAGGGGAUAACGUCUCUCUCAUCUGCUGAAUUUGCUGUUAGUGGCGACUCUGUCACCCUGUCCUGUAAUUAUGCUGGAUCUUAUAACAUUGAUGCUCUCCUGUGGUAUCGUCAGUCCUUCAGCUCCACACCAGAGUUUUUGUUUCUCAUUAAUGAAGGCAACUUUCAACAAACCGCUGAUCCUCCAAUACAAGGAGUAUCUGCUAAAAUAAAUGAUGAGAAAAACCAAGUGUCUCUGGAGAUCUCAUCUGUUAAAGCAUCAGAUUCUGCUCAGUAUUACUAUAAAUGUAUUGCACAAAAAAUAACACCAUUACAGGACACUACUGAAACUACUGAGGGGGAUUCAGUCACUCUCUCAUGCAAAUAUGAAGGCAAUGUACAAAAUUUACAGUGGUAUCGACAAUAUCCCGGAUCCAGACCUCAAUUUCUGCUCCUUAUCAUGGAAUCAUCUAAAAAGAGUGUAAUACCUGCAGAUCCCCCUGUCCCCAGAUUGGAUGGUGAAGUAAAUAUGGCAGAUAAACUUGUGUAUCUGGAGAUCUCAUCUGUUAAAGUCACAGACUCUGCUCUGUAUUACUGUGUACUGAGGCCCACAGUGACAGGAAACACAACAACACUGAGUGCAAGCAUGAUUUCUUAUUGUUAUCUACUUGUGCUAUUAACCUUUCUCGAUAAAUCUUUUGGCCAGUCAAUCACACAAUUGCAGAAUGAAACACGUGCCACUGAAGGAGAAACAGUCAUUCUCUCAUGCAAAUAUGAUACCCAAGUAAGCAAUUUACAGUGGUAUCGACAAUAUCAUGGAUCCAGACCUGAAUAUCUGCUUCUUGUUUAUGAGUCAAACAGUGUAAUACAUGCAGAUUCUUGUUUCCUAAGACUGAACGCUACAGUCAACAAGAUGAAGAAGCAGGUGGAUCUGAAGAUCUCCUCAGUUAAAGUCACAGACUCUGCUCUGUAUUACUGUGCACUGACGCCCACAGUGACAGGAAACACAACAACACUAUUCACCUUAUUUUCCACGACAACAAGGGCGGCGCCAUUGCGCUGA